CUAGCUUCCAGCGGAAUAUAUUCCCAGGCGGAUCUUGAUAAAAUCAGGGAUCAUAUAAUGUUCCCUGCUGAAAAGCCAGCGUUACUUAACAGCAUGGCUCGUGGAAUCACCGGACACGUCAUGCCUGACGAUACCAUGUCCAUUUACAACUUAUUGGAUGAAGCAUCAUUAAACAAAAUUGCUGAGUCAACUGCUAAACGGAUCUGGGGCGGAUUCAUCACAUUUGGAUCAGCCACAGCUGGAGUUUUUGGAGUAUUAUUAGUAGUACGACUAAUCAAGCUAGCCAUCGACACGAUGAUACAUGGUUAUGCUCUACAUUCAGCCUACGGAUGCAGUCUGUACGUGCUAGGAGCUAUCUGGAGCUCCUUGACUCAUCUGCUACUCUAUUUGGCCAGAGGUACAGCCAAACGCAGCCACACGGAUGGACGAGCAGAUCCCGAGGAACAACGAUCAUCGGAACCUGUGGAACA